AUGGCCAGCACCGCAUUAGUACUUAGUCAAAAGUUGGAAUUUGAUCCGUUCUCUAACGCUCCGUAUUUCGUGGAUAAAAGUUCUUUAUUGGAGAGGUACCACCAGCUAGAGAUUUUCAAAAAUGGCAGUGUCACUUUGAAAAAUGGUCUACAAACACCGGUGUACUUUGAUUUCCGUGAUCUCAUUUCUUCGUUGGAUGCUAUGGUAUUAACAGCAACUGCAAUGGCAACAAGAAUUGUGGAAGAAAAAUUGUGUGCAGAUUUUAUUGUUGGUGUUCCUUACGGUGGAACUCUCUUAUCUGCGUUUGUUGGUGAACGUGUGAAUCUGCCGUUUUUGUUGCGAAGAAAGGAGAUGAAAAAUUAUGGUACAAAAAAGCUGAUUGAGGGCAAAUUCAAACAGGGCCAAAAGGCAGUGAUUAUUGAGGAUGUUGUUGCAACUGGUACAAGCGUUCUUGAAACUGUGGAGGACCUGCGUAAGUGUGGAGUAGUAUGUGAAGACGUUAUAUGCAUUCUGGAUUUGGAACAAAAUGGUGCCGAAAAUUUAAAGAAGCACUCAGUCACACUUCAUCGUCUUUUGACGAUAAACGAUUUUUUGAAUUAUCUGGUCGAAGUAAAUCAUGUGAGCAUUCGAGAGAAGAUGGAAAUACUGGAUAAAAUGAAACGAGAAUGA